GGUAUGUCUGUGUGACGUCAUAAGGCUGCGCUGCUCUUCUGCAUCUGUUGUGAUUCGGCUGAGAAAGAAAAACUCCUGGGGAAGCAACAGGGAUCCACGUGACAUUCAGUUAUAAAGAUGGCGUUUAUUAAAGAGGAGAGUGAAGACAUGCGGAUAGAAGAAGCAUUCAGAAUGAAAUAUGAAGAUAUUGAGGAACAAACAGAUCUGAUGGCCUUGAAAGAGGAGAGUCAAGAAUUGAAUGAAAUAGAAGAGAAAGACCAGUAUGAGAAACAUCGUGAUUUUAUAAACGGUGAAAGAUCUUUUAGUUGCACACAGACGUCCUCACAAAAAAGAGCUCAAACAGCUGGAAGUUAUUUCACCUGCUUUCAGUGUGGAAAAAGUUUCACUCAAAAAGGAAACCUUAAUGUCCACAUGAAAAUUCACACAGAUGAGAAGCAUUACACUUGCCCUCAGUGUGGAAAAAGUUUUACCCAUAAAGGCAACCUAAAAACCCACAUGAAAAUUCACACUGGAGAGAACCGUUACACCUGCAAACAGUGUGGGAACCACUUCUCACGAAAAGGAAGUCUUAAGACUCACAUGAGAUUUCACACUGGAGAGAAACCUUAUACAUGCCCUCAGUGUGGAAACAGUUUUACACGUAAGGGAACCCUUAAUACCCACAUGAGAAUUCACACUGGAGAGAAGCCUUAUACCUGCAAACUGUGUGGGAACACCUUCUCACGAAAAGAAAGUCUUAAGACUCACAUGAGAAUUCACACCAGAGAGAAACCUUACACAUGCUCUCAGUGUGGAAAGACUUUUACACGUAAAGGAACCCUUAAUGCCCACAUGAAAUGUCACACUGGACCUCACUUCUCACAAAAGGGUGGUCUUAAGACUCCUGUCAAAAUUCACACUGGAGAGAAGCCAAAGAGUUUCACAAACAAGAAUCAUGUAGAAACUGACACCGGAAAGAAGCCUUUUAUGUGCCAUCACUGUGGAAAGAGUUUCACUCUUAAUGGAAACUUCAAGGUUCACAUGAGGAUUCACACUGGAGAGAAGCCUUACACGUGCGAUCAGUGUGGAAAGAGCUUCAGACAUAAAGUAACGCUUAAUUACCAUGUGAGAAUUCACUUGAGAGAGAACUGUUUUCUGUGUCAUCAGUGUGGAAGGAGUUUCACAGACAGUAAAGAACUUAAGAAUCAUGUAAUAACUCACUGUAAUAACACUGGAGCAAACAGUUUCAUGUGCCAUCACUGUGGAAAGUCUUGCAUAAACGCAGCAAACCUUGAGAUUCACAUAAGAGUUCACACUGGAGAGAAGCCUUAUAUUUGUCUCCAGUGUGGAAAAAGCUUCUCACGUAAAGGAAACCUUCAGACUCACGUAAGGGUUCACACUGGAGAGAAGCCUUUCAGGUGUCUUCAGUGUAAAAAGAGUUUUACAUAUCAAAGAGACCUGAAACGUCAUAUGCAAACUCAUUCUGUGAAGAAACUGCCGGUUUCUGAGGGUGAUGAGAGGUUUAGAAACAGAAGUAAUUUUAAAAAGCAUCUGCACAUUCACUCCAGAGGAAAGAGAUUUGAUCAUGUUCAGUGCAAUAAAAAAUUUCUACUGGCAUCAAACUUACGGACGCACCUGAAAAGUCAUGGAUAUGUGAGAUCCUACUUGUGUUCUAUAUGUGGAAAGUGUUUUAAAUGGCUCAGCAAUUUAAAAUGGCACCAGAAAAUAUGUAUUGUGCGAAAUUACUUGUAAAAUGUAUAGCUCAUCACUCAUAUUUGAUUGUUUAAAAAAAAAUUGUUAUUAUUAGUAUUAAUAAUAUUUAUAUUAAUUUAUUACAAAAUGACAUCUUGCUGUGAAAUGCCACAAUGUAAAUGAGCACUCAGAAAUUAAAAGCCAAACUGAAUGAAAUAAU